AUGGCAGAUACGAAACGCGACCAUCCGAUCUGCCAUGCAGCAACCUGCGGACAAGCAGACUUUAUUCGGAAACUUGUUGAAAAUGGCGCCGACAUCGAUUUCAAAGAUGUUUAUGGUCGAAGCCCUCUAGCUUUAGCCGCUCGCCAAGGCAACUUCGCCUUAGUUCGGAUGCUUCUCUCACUCGGCGCGAACCUACUAUCCUACGACCGUCUUUUUCAUCGUCCAGCAGCAAAUGCUGCUUCUCAAGGCUAUUUUGAUAUCGCCGUCUAUCUGCUUCAGGAGCUAGGCAAAUAUAAGCACUCUAGAUUGGAUCAUACAAUCAUGGCUGAGAUACAGUGGGUGCUUCUCUACGCGGCGAAAGAAGGGAACGAAAAACAGAUACGUUGGUGUCUAUCUAAAGGGGCUGAUAUUAAUUUCCAAUCGAGAGGAGAGCGGUGUACACCACUCUGUGGCGCUUUAUUAUCAGCACCGGCGCCAUUAAGAGUUGUUAAGCUUCUACUCGACCGUGGUGCAGAUCCAAACAUUCCUCUUCCGGGUCAGAAGUUCAGUCCAGGCUGGAAGCUACCACCAAUUCCACCACUUGGUCUAGCUGUGCGCCGCGAUGAAAGCUUGCAGAUUAUGAAAAUCUUAUUAAAGGCAGGUGCGGAUGCGAGAGCGUGCGAGGUAGCAUUAUUCGAUGCAAUCCGAUUAAAGAAAGCCACCGAGUUCCGGCUGUUGGUAGAUAACCACGCCGAUCUUAAUAUACGUCUGGUACGCGAGCCUCUUGUGGAAUGUGCGCGGCAAAGUGACUGUCAGAGCAUUCGAGAAGUUGGUCUCAGGAUUGAUGAUGCGGCUCCUACACGGGAGUUGGCUUUCCCCACAAGGAUAUGUGGCCGGCCUGCACGUCGCCGGCUCAGACACGACAAGCCUGUGAAUGAGACCAUUCUGCCCAUUCGCUCUCAUGUUCCAGGAUAG